ACUUGACACGGAGCCCUUAUCCAGCCUGAUCGGGCUCAUCUCGCCAAUCAAUUACCGUCCGACCUCUGGAGGGCCUGUGUGCUGCCCCACUUGUCACGUUCGGUCUCGCCACAGUCGAGUGGCCCGAGUACCUACUCUCCUCCGGACUCGCUGUUAACCUCCAGCCAUCCAUCCGAGUCAAUCCGCUCUCCGCCUGGCCAUGUAAAUCGCUAGUCCAUGCCACGCAAGAAGGCAGCAGACCGCGUGGGGCCGGUAAAGACCCGGAGUCGCAGCGGCUGCAAAGAAUGCCGCGCCAGUCGAGUCCGCUGCGACCUCACGAAGCCAACCUGCACCCGCUGCAUCGAGAGGGGCCUAGUCUGCUCGACACAGCUGGUCUUGAAGUGGGAGUCGGAGUUCACCAGUCGUGGCCUAGCCUUUGGUAGGGCGGGCGUUUGGAGUAAGGCCCGGGCUGCCGGCGGGCCUUCCAAGGCAUCAUCCGCGGCCCCGGUGCUCGACGAGCAGGAAUGGUGUCCUCUGCCGCUGAUCGAGGCGUGGGGGUUCGUCAAUAGCGGCGUCUCGACCUUCGAGCAGCCGUACGAGGUCAAUGUGGCCUGCGACGAGCUGAACGCCGUGGUGCUCCGCAAACGGCCCUGGCGGGAUGAUUGGUUUGAUGAGAGCUCGGGCUGGUCCCUGUCGAUGGAUAUCCCCGACUGUUCGCCUGUCCCACUUCUCUCCCCACCGCUGGCCCCGCCUCUAUCGCUAUUCCCUAGCCUGUCCGACUCCAAUCAGGGCGUCCUCUUCGACUACUAUCUGCAGCAGGUGUGCCCUCGGACCACCGCUAGCAAGCUCUCGUCGCCGUUCGUCUCCAUCAUCCUUCCGUUCUGCAUGUCCGCGUCUCCAAUCAUGUUCAAGGCCAUCCAGGCCCUGGGAGCAUGUCACUGGUCGCGCUUCGACUCGACCUACAGUAUCAUCGGACUGCGCCUGAAGUCUGAGGCCCUUCGCGGCCUGCGCCAUCGACUGGCGACGGAGGGGUCGGAGGUGUGUUCGGCCGAUCCAGAAGUAUUGGCGAUCAUGAUGAUGCUUUGCCUGUACGAGAUCGUUGACAACUGCGACCAACGCUGGACGAUCCACCUAAAAGGAGCCAAGGAGUUGAUCCGUCUCCGCAGACAGCAACAGGCACUCUCCCGGCCCCAUGGCGGGCAAGACCCAGUCUCCGCCUUCGCGGAGCUCUUCUUCGCCUUCCAAGACGUCAUGGGCCGGACCGCUUGCGGAGAGGAAGUGCUAUUUGGGAGCGACUACUGGCAAGAGAACGAACGUAACAUCGACCUCUGGAUGGGAUGCAGCCCGGAGCUGGUCUCCAUCCUCUCCUCCAUCACCGAACUCAGUCGCACAAGACGACACCUCCUCACCUCCACCCCGGCCGCCCGAACCACUUUCUCCCACCGCGCCGUCACCCUCGCCCACAGACUCGAGAACCUCGUCCAAGACAUCGACGACGACGAAGACGACAGCAGCCUCCAAUCCGCCGCCGAACUCAAACGCCUAGCCGCUGUGCUCUACCUCCACUGCGCCCUGUACGGCGCAUCCCCAUCCACCCCCUUAGUCGUGGCAUACGUCCGCCGAAUCCUGCGUCUUGUUUCCGAUCUCCUCGACUCAGGCUCCUUGGUCAGCAUGACCUGGCCCGUCUUCGUAGCCGCAGUGGAGCUGGACCCCCUCCACGACGAAGUCUGGCGGGGCUCCACCGGCGACGAAGUGGAAGUGGUGUACGGCCGUCCGCUGGUCCUGCGCGCGUUGGCCGCGAUGGCCGAAUCCAGCGUUUCGAAUGUGGCGAGGACGAGAGCCGUCAUUGUGAAGGUGUGGCAGGCCAGGGAUAGUGAUAUGCUGAAGGGGUCCGUGGGCGAUGUGGAUGACCAGGGCCGCGGGUGGAAUGAUUGGGAGUGGUAUGUUGCGCCGGUUAGCACGGCGAUGAGUUUGGCGUGAGUAGAUCGAUUCCAUCGUGUAUGAUGUCUGUGAUGACAUUGGAUGAUUUGCGUGGGCUGCCGCGGGGGUACUGUCGUUUGUGUGGCUGUCUGGAGCGCUGUAUGGUUUGUUAUGAAGUUCAUGAAUAUCAUAUUGUCAAGUUCUUUUGUACGUAUCGUCACUUUCAUUUUUUUUUCUUUGACAGUAGAAGUGUAUUGAGCGAAUGUACUGUAUUUGAUGGAUAUACUAGCAGG